CAGCUUCGAGCGACCCAUUAAAAAUCUGUGCACGUCGAGAGACGAGUUUCUGUCCGGAAGAUCCCAGGUACUUCACGCAUAAUACGCACCGAGUAAGACAAUAGCGAUCAAGCAACACGUGUCCGACUUACAUGUAUAAUUCCCGAGCCUCGGCUCGGAGAAACCGGGAGUUACGCGUCGCUCGUAAAUACAGCGGCGAAGUAACUUCGCGUCGCGGAGCAGAGCAGAGAUUCAUUUAAUAUCCGAGGAAGCAACUCGUUAACUGCAGUUUCGACGUUUACAACAUUCCUGUCGCUCGGCGAUUAAUCUUCUCGUUAGCGGUCGACUCGCCCCGGCCGCUUUCCUCACUCCGCGACGCGGAGUUGAUCGUCGCGAGCCCCGCGACUUCUCGGCCUGCGAGCAGCCCAGCUGCGCCGGCUGGAGCACGCACAUUCUAGAUUUUCCGAAAGAAAUUCCGCUCUAGCGACGGGAUAUCUCGCCCUGCGCGUGUCUUUCACCUGCGCCGUGGAAGUCCUUCCCUACCACGCGCCGGGAAGAAAGAGAGAAAGACCCGGCGCGGCGCGGCGCGGUGGGAGGGAGAGUGCCGUCGACGGCGGGCCUGUUUGGGCCUGACGUCGUGCGUAAGAGGGAGGGCGAGAGGGACGAUGGACGAGCGCGAUCGAGAUCUUCAGUAGGUCACUGGGACGUGGCUCAUGGCCGAGACGAGCGUGGCUCGCACCUUCAGUCGGUCCCCGUCGGCCAGGAAAAGCACCUCUGGGCCCGUCGAAUCCUCGCGCGUUCGGAUACGGAGAGCACGACGGUGAGCGAGAGCGGGGAAGGAAGGCCGAAGAAAAAAACGGACACAGGGAAAAGCGGGAGAAACGAAAUCGGCAGGUGAAGGAAAGCGGGCCCGAUGAGGAGGACCAACUGACGCGGCUCGAGGAAGUCUUGCCGUCGCGGCCGGUGCGUUCGUGGGGUCGUUAAGGGGGAGAGGGCAGGUGGUUCCCGCGGGAGAGGAUCGCUCGGGUGACGGAGCGUUUCUUCGGAACGAGGCUCCCAGGAACAGGAAGAACUCGCUACGAGAGAGGACACGCGCAUGAUGGAGAGGACGUGGCGGAAUAUACGGAAGACGGCCUUUGUCUUAUCGCUGCCCUUGCUCUUGGCCGGUGUUAGGAGCGAGGCACCGUUGGACAGCAGCGCGCUACCCUUGGAACACAGAUCGGUGUACGGUGCACCGGCUCAAUAUGGCCCACCGGUCGCCCACGAAGAGAACUGGCCGCUGGCGUCGCCCGACACCCCGCAGAUCAAGAAUCUGCAGGUGCAGUGCGAAAAGACGCACAUGCGGGUGAACAUCGAGUUCGAUCGGCCGUUCUACGGCAUGAUCUUCAGCAAGGGCUACUACUCGGACCCGCACUGCGUGCACCUGAAACCCGGCACCGGCCACUUGAGCGCGACCUUCGAAAUCUACCUCAACACGUGCGGCAUGAGCUCGUCGGCGAAUCACAAUGUGGCGGCGUACGGCUCACCGUCGCCGUCCGGCAGCUAUGUGGAGAACACGAUAAUCGUGCAGUACGAUCCCUACGUGCAGGAAGUGUGGGACCAGGCGAGGAGGUUACGCUGCACCUGGUACGACUUCUACGAGAAGGCCGUGACCUUCAGGCCGUUCCAGGUCGACAUGCUGCACGCCGUCACCGCCAACUUCCUCGGCGACAAUCUGCAGUGCUGGAUGCAGAUACAGGUGGGCAAGGGCCCAUGGGCCAGCGAGGUGUCCGGCAUCGUCAAGAUCGGCCAGACUAUGACGAUGGUAUUGGCCAUCAAAGAUGACGAGAACAAGUUCGACAUGCUGGUGAGGAACUGCGUCGCGCACGACGGCAAGAGGGCGCCGAUUCAGCUGGUCGAUCAGUACGGCUGCGUCGUCAGGCCGAAGAUUAUGUCCAGGUUCCAGAAGAUCAAGAACUUCGGCCCGAGUGCGUCAGUCGUUAGCUUCGCCUACUUCCAGGCCUUCAAGUUCCCCGAUAGCAUGAACGUCCACUUCCAGUGCGUGAUCCAAGUCUGCCGACACAAUUGCCCCGAGCCUAAGUGUGGACAUCCUGGACUCGAGUACGGCGCGCCGGCCGGCAUCUCGCACGAAUAUGGCGCACCGGUCUCGCAAGGUCUUGCUUCGGAGUACGGUGCCCCGCCUGUGCCCGAAUACGGCGUGCCGCCGGCUUUUCCUGAUCCGCGACAUCCCAGUGGGCCAGCCGGAGCGUACAGCGAGCCAAAUCCAGACGUAGUUCCGGCACCGCAGGCGCAAACCUCGUCUUCUUCACCCAGCUCGACGCCGGGCGACGCGACGGCGAGCAGCUCACCUCAGAGUUCUCAGGACAACCUCAUUCCCCCGCCUCCUCUGCCCGGCCACCAGUCGGCGUACCAGACCGUCAAGCGAAAAGGAACCGCCGGCACGGAAGAGCUCGAGGGUAACCUGGCCAUCCUCGGAGGUCGACCGAGGUCGGUCGAAGGUUUCCCGGCCGAGCUGAGAGGCGCCAGGAGGCGAAGGCACGAUGAGCCCCAUUCGGAGGAUGACGAGAGCAACGUCCAUCGCACAGUGACCCUGUUCUCCACCCACGUGUACAAGCGAGCGGCACAGGAGAUGACGGACGUGAACACCUCGAGAGUGAUCCAAGUGGUGGCGCCGGGCGACGUGAACUUCGCGCUGGGCACUGCCAACUCCACCAACGACAGCACCGUGGUGAUACAAAACGCGAGCGUGUCCUCCGACCCGGAGACGAUCUGCAUGAGCUUGCCGGGCUUCGUGGGCGGCCUGGUGAUGCUGCUGCUGGUGGUCGUGGUGGCGUCUCUGGUCGCGGCCUUCCUCUUCGUCAGGGUGCGCGCGGUGGACCGCAAGAACGUGGCGCUCGGCGGCGGGGGCGGCGGUGGCGGCAGCUUCGUGCACCCGGCUUACGCAACGGAGAACUGCAACGUGCCGAAUCCCGAGUUCGUCAAGGUUGCCAACUGAGCUGUGCACGGUGCGCAAAAUCAAAAAAGGGAAAGGACUCACCGCUAGAGAGCAGUGGAGGAGACGAGACGACUCCUCCCCUCCCCCUACCCCUCUCCUUGGAGGAUCGUCGGCCUCGCACGACGGGCAUGCUUCGGGACCGCACCUUCGCACUAUUUCAUCUCCGGAACUCGAGACGCGCGCCGGAGAUUCUCCCCCGUCGCGGAACUUGCCGCCGCGUUUCUCUUCCCUCCCGCGACCGCUGUCGUCGCCCGACUCGCGUCUAGCCUAGUCUCGUCAAUCACGCUGGCCGAGUCAGCGGAGGCGACGACUAGGUCGACGGUAAUGGCGGGCUCGCGACUAUUCCGACAAACCGAGCGCGAAACGGGACAAGAGACGCGACGGGGGAGGCUAGAUCCCUCGUGGACCUAGCGUGUAAAUAAAGAGGCCCAGAAGCGCGCGAGCGAUUGCAUGCGGAAGCGGAAGCGCGGAGGAGAGGAAGAAAGAAAGGAAGAGAGAGAGAGAGAGAGAGAGAGAGGGAGAGAGAGAGAGAGAGAGAAAGAGAGAGAGAAAGAGGAAGGUCACGGAGAGGAGGAGAAGCCGUCGCGGCGCGCGUUCCACCGCGUCGCCCGCGACCGGCAGGAUCUUCCGCGUCGCGGUCGUCCUUGGCCGGUGGAACCGCGCGUCGCAUCGAGCAAUAUCCGCGAGCCGAU